AUGAGGGAGGAUGGUGUGCUCAAGCACAUUAGCGAGAUUGAUGUGUCUAAGGUUAGUAGGAGACUGGAAUUCGAAGAAAAUUUCGGAAGCAACUACAAAGUCACACUUAGGAUAAUGGAAAGAGCAAGCACAACCAAAAAAGACGCGAACAGUGCUAUUAAGAAGAUUAACGAAGACAAAGAAAAAGACGGAUACAGAGCGGGAAUAGAAGACCGGGACACGUGCUUCAAAGGUGUUGUACCGCUAUACUUGGACUCAAUCAUGGACUUCUACGAUUUACUCACAAAACCAGAGGAUGUCGUAAGAAUAGAAAGAAUGAUGAGAAGAAGAUGGAACAAGGAGGAGAAUAAGGUAGAAUACGAGCCGGUUGAUUCGGUGAUAAUUACUUUAAGGGAAUCAGCCCAGGGACAAGAUAAGUUUCUCAACGAUUUAGCCGUACUAAGAGUAAGACCAUAUGUGGCCCCACUCUGCACCUCUUAUAUUCAAUGUAUGCAUGCAUGGUUCCCUUUCUGA